ACUUCACCAACCUCCCAGUUGCCUCUCAAUUCGCGUGUAUUUCGUCGCUAGAGCUUUUGUAUUGCUUAUUGGCUUCGCUUCAACUCCUGUAGCUGCAGCUUUGUUCCAUCGCAGGCUCGGUAUCGCGCACCCAACUCGAUUGCGCUGUAUAUCGUCCUCUUCGCGGCUUCGAUUACGAAUCGCUAUCUAGACGACCGAUCUACGCUCUCCACGAGUAAUCGCGACUCGGCUGAUCGACAUCGACGAGAUUGAUACGCGCCGCAAGAUAAUCUUACAUUCACUGCUCGCCUGAAAGUCACAAUGUCACUUUUUGGUUCAUCGCCGACGGAGGACAGCCCAGGUCUGGGCUCGUCUACUGGUCCAGCUCGUCGCGGCGGUGCUGGACUCUUCGACGAUGACUCUGGUUCUGGAACUCCAAAGCCAUCCAACAGUCUCUUCGCUGACGAUAACGACUCCCAUGAUUCACCUUGGGACAUGCCCACGCCGCGCAAGCAGCAGAGCAGAGCCGAUCUUAUUCGCAACCUCCUCCCCGGUAACGACGUGCCCGAUGAAUAUAUCGAGACCUUCGAUACAGUAGUGCGCGAAGAUGGUAGCGGAGGUCAGGUCACUUCUGGUGGUGUCGCAAAGCUCUUUGCUACUGCCAGACUUGGUGCUGAUGCCCAAGCUCGCAUUAUGUCCUUGGUUGCUCCCGGAGGCGGGGAUGUACUGCUAGGUCGAAACGAGUUCAAUGUGCUGCUGGCUCUGGUAGGCCUUGCACAAGAGGGCGAAGUCAUAAGCCUGGAUGGUGUUGACGAGCGCCGAAAACGCCUUCCGCAACCCAAGCUCGCGGGUCUCACUGCAGAGCCCAUCCUACCUCCAGUCGCUGAACUCUCCGCGAAGCCGCCUCAGACACCUCCAAAAGAUAUUCCUCCUCAACAACAACAAACUCCUCCUGCGCAACAACAGCCUAAGCAAUUUCGACCAGCCAUGGAUGACCCAGAGGAUGAUCCAUGGGGGAGUCCUGAUAUGCACAAAACCCAUGAUCAUGGUCCCUCCAAGUCCAACGGCACCCAGCGAAACAGCACAAAUGGCCAUGCCGGCUUUGGCCAAACACCCCCGACAACAGUAAUCGACGCUCCUCCUCUGCCUAAUAUUGCAUCCCCUCAAGCCACUACGUCUCCAAACAGCCGGAGACAGCAUAGCAGCAACUCGGUGACAACGCCUGGUGGAUGGGGAUACUUUGAUGGGAACAACCCUGUUGUAGGCUUUGGGGAAUCUCCCUCUGGGCCUGUCCAGAAUCCCUUUGGUGGAGCUCCCGAUAUGACACCAACUGCACAACCUCCAGCUCUUCAACACCAUACGAGUAGUGGUAGAGCCAGCCGCGGCGCCGAGGAGAAUGUCGUUGUUGUGCUUAUGCCGGAAAAGGAAGGUGUUUUCAUGUUCCAGCACCAUAAUUAUGAAAUCUCGAGCAUAAGGCGCGGUAGCAAGGUUAUUCGCAGAUACAGCGACUUUGUCUGGCUAUUGGAUUGUCUACACAAGAGAUAUCCAUUCCGUAUUCUACCGCUACUUCCACCUAAGCGUGUAGGUGUAAAUGGCAGCCAUCUGUCCAACGAUGGGGCUUUUAUCGAGAAGCGAAGGAGGGGUCUGUCACGGUUCUUGAAUGCCCUUAUCAGGCACCCGAUUCUGAGUCAGGAACAACUUGUCGUCAUGUUCUUGACCGUUCCUACAGAACUAUCUGUGUGGCGCAAGCAAGCUACCAUUUCUGUUCAGGAUGAGUUUACUGAUAGAGCACUACCACCUGGUUUGGAGGAUUCUUUGCCAGCUGAACUCGAGGAUCUCUUCAACCGAACACGCAAUGGCGUCAAGCGGUCUGCUGAGCUUUACAUUAACGUCUGCAACAUCAUGGAUCGUCUCGUCAAGCGAACCGAGGGCGUGGCUGCUGACCACGCUCGGAUUGCCCUUUCUUUGGCUUCUUUGACAGAAACAUCGGAGGAUACUUACGCAACUGACACCAACGAGGUUCCUCUUCUUAAUGAUGGACUUGUUGCCAUGAGCAAACACCUCAGAACUUGCCAGGCUUUGAUGGAGGAUGAGAGCCGUGGAUGGGACGAGGGAGUUCUUGAGGACCUCAAGCGCCAACGAGAUGCCCUUGUCAGCGUGCGUGAGAUGUUUGAGCGAAGAGAGCGAUUGGAUAAAGAUAACAUUCCUUAUCUGGAGCGGAGGAUUCAGACAAAUGAGAACAAGCUUGCCAACUUGAGAUCUAAGCCAGAAGGUGUGGUUAAGGCUGGUGAGAUCGACCGCAUAGCAGAGAACAUCGUCAAGGAUAAGGAGUCUAUUGUCCAGCAACACAAUCGCUCCAUCUUCGUCAAGGAGUGUAUCCGCGACGAACUUGUCACCUUCCAAUCAACUCAAUACCAGGUCAGCCGAUGGAACCAGGACUGGGCCGGCGAGCGAGUCAAGUACGCCGAGAUGCUCGCAGACAACUGGCGACGAUUGCUAGAUGAGCUUGAGGGCAUGCCCCUGGGUGACUAGAGUCCGCCAGAUAGUCAUCAAGGGUCAUUUGCUACAGCGUACGACUAGCCUGUCGAUGAAAGCGCCGAGAUUAUAUGGGGAGACGUUGAGUGGUGAUUGGAUAUAACUACGGGAGAGGAGAGAAGCGGUCGUGUGUUUUCAAAGUAUAUUUAUGCGUGCAAGAUGUAUUUGUGUAUCAAGACAAGAGCAAGAAGGUGGUUAUGCAUGGGUUGAAAGAGGAGCGUUAGCGGGAGACAGAGAAGCGUGUGGAUGUGCUCGAUACCCUUCAUUCAUUUUAGUUUCCAAUCCUCAUUCAUAAUAGAAAUCAAACUUGCCAAGUUUA